GUUACAGAGCAUCCUUAUAUAAAGAGGACAGAGAAGACCAAGGGACAAGAGUGUGUGUGUGUGUGUGUGUGUGUGUGUGUGUGUGUGUGUGUGUGUGUGUGUGUGUGUGUGUGUGUGUGUGUGUGUGUCCCUGCACUGGCGAAACACUCCAGCAUACUAAAAGGUGUGAAACGUUGCAGAAAUGAUUGGAAGUGAAGUCUCACAGCAGAACAUGGUGAAAAUGAGCAGGAUCAGGGUCCUGAAGAAUGUGUUUUCGGGGGAAAACUUGGCCGGUCCGACACGGUCCAAAUCGUCAUCUUCGUUACCCCCUACCCUCCCCGUUGGCAUGGCAACCAGCAGCUCAUCAUUACCGCUAAUGAAAACCAAACCUCAGCAGCAGAGAUUGGUCAGCAAGGAUGGGCGGAGUCUUAUGCGCAGCCCUGCCUCCGGUAUACGGGAAAUGUGGAUCGGGGCGUUUAAGGACAUGUGGGGAGCGUGGCUUUCCUUGCGUUGGCGUUGGGUGGUCUUGGCAUUCUGUGGUUCCUUCCUUCUCCACUGGCUUCUCUUUGCUGUACUGUGGUAUGUCUUGGCGCGUGCCAAUGGUGAUUUGGACGUCGACCAUGACAACCCGCCGCCCGGGCAUACGCUGUGCGUCAAAUAUGUCACGGGAUUCACCGCUGCCUUCUCGUUCGCCCUGGAGACCCAGCUGACCAUCGGAUAUGGGACCAUGUACCCCAACGCCGAUUGCCCUACCGCCAUUGCCCUUCUUGCCUUGCAGAUGCUCCUGGGGCUCAUGCUUGAGGCCUUCAUCACUGGUGCAUUCGUGGCUAAAUUUUCUCGUCCACAGAAGCGCUGCAGUGGAAUCUUGUUCAGCCCUAAAGCCGUGGUGUGUGAAGUCGAAGGUCAACGUUGCCUAAUGUUUCGCGUGUGUAACCUGCUCUCGAGGCCGCUGGUCGACGUGUGUUUGAGCGCUGUGCUCUAUGAGGAACAGGACGAUCACACAAUCCGCCAAACUGCCCUGGAUUUCCUGUUGGACGGCUUGGGCUCGCGACCUUGUCCCCUCUUCCUGUCACCUUUGACCUUUCUCCACCCCUUGACCCCAGACAGCCCGCUGAAUCGUGCCAUGCCACCUUCAGGCCAGUCGCAGUUCGAGCUGGUCGUGUUUCUUUCUGCUUCCCAGGAGGGCACUGGAUCCGCCUACCACAAGAGGACGUCCUACUUGGCCGACGAGAUCCAAUAUGGCCGCCGUUUCACCAAGGCGGUCCUGCACGGGGAACGGCGGAACAGCACUCAGGCCAUGCGCUAUUUCGACACACACAUGUGCCCACUUAUGGGACCCAACACAUACAGCAACUCUCGGGACAAGGAGUGUGUGGUACAGGUCAAUGGCGAUGGUAACGAUGCUAUGGAAUAGCUGUGUGUGUGUGUGUGUGUGUGUGUGUGUGUGUGUGUGUGUGUGUGUGUGUGCCCUGCAUUGUUCCUCAUCCACUCUGUACACAUGAAAGGACAUUUCACUUGAGAACAACGAUCACUUUACACUUCAUUUCAUUAAUGAUAAUCACUACCUAGAACUUGGUCAGAUGCUAAUCGCUAGCUAGUACCUGUCUAGUUGAUAAUCACUAGCUAGAAUCUGACUGGAUCCUAAUCAAAUUUCAAAACAUAAAUUUCAAAAAGCUCUUAUUUCACUCAAUGGAGUAAUUCUAUACUAACUGACAGACAAUAAAUUGCUAGGAGGAAACAAAUGAAUGCUGAUCAAGAGCAUGGAAGCAACCGAGCACCAAAUAGAUGCUAAAUCCUACCUAGCUAAUCAUUUAUGGCUUUUCAUUAUUGUCUUUCUGAAUAAUGGUGAUGACUGUCUUCGAUUUUUUUUAUUUUUAAGACAUCAUGAAGAUACACAGUGAAUCCACUAGCAUUUUAUUCAACACCACAGUCUGAUUCCUCAGAUCUACCCCCCGCCCCAUCAGCCAGAAUCGAUACCAUUUUGCGUUUUCGCUUCUUCAAAAUGCCCAGAUCAACUUUGAAAAUGAGCUCCUUCAUGGAACCGAGAUUCAGAAUAGAGAGAAAACUGUAUUUUUCACCUUCAAGGACUGGAUUUGAGGAACGCUGUUCUUCCUAAUCCACAUCACACCAUCCAGACUUGAAAACGAAGGAACAGCAUGAAACGGGGACGAACAUUUAUGGAACCGUGAAGUUUUGAGAAUUAACGAUUAUAAGUGAUGAUUUUAGAGUACAAUGCUGAUACUGUAGCUAAACAAUACUACUGCUUACAGGCUCGGUGCCAGGUGAUUGUGGUACCAAUUAGCAAAAUAGCAUUAAAAUGUUAAAGAUUGGAAACAUGCAGAAUCGCAUUAGCUAGCCACUUGAGGGAAUGGGGUCACUGUGUUGUUUUUUUGUUUCUGUUGUUGUUGUUGUUGUUGUUGUUGUUUUUUCAUUCGAACAAAACCUAAGCGACAUGCUUAGCUCUGUUAGCUUUGAGUUCAAUUCUUUCUAAAAGUAAAUAAUUAUACACAACACUAAGUGCUAAUAUACAGUGCUAUUAUUAACAUAUAAGCUAAGAACAUUGCAGUGAAUUCCAUUUACUCAAGUGGCAAAGCCUGGAAAGUUUGUUUUGGUUGGAAGCCAAAGUCACGAGAUAUUUUCUUCCCACGUGAAGGACGAGCAAUUAAUGGAGUCUGCACAUAGAUCUGCAUGAUUAUACUGAUAGUCGCACACUGUGUAUUAUUAUUAUUAUUAUUUUUUAUCUUCCGAUUAAAACCUAGAUAAAGCUCAGCAUUAUUAAAGUACUUAUCUUCUCUGAGUCUUUGCUCUGAAGGAUUUUUAUGAGCAGAGGUAAAUCGUUAGAGCGUUAUAUAUUUUUUUCCUUUUAAUCAAUCUAAUACAUCCUGUAAAUCAGAAAUCAGAGAUUUUUAUAUCAGUAUUGGUUAUGUGUGUACAACAUCAUGAUCCCUAAGAUCUUUUUUUUUUUUGCUUUUUGUACCAAAUAGAAGACAUUUUUUAAACACUGACUAUUGUUGUACAUUAAACUGUGUGGAAUGGCCUAUGAAAGACGUACCAUCAUUUUGUAACAUAUAACAUGAAAGUUGAAUUAAAUAAUAUUCUUUAAAAAAAGAAA